UUGUGAGGUCGCAACUUUAUCCUCGUCGCUCUCCUCUCUCACCCACCUCCAACCUUAAUCCUUUCACCAGCUAGCCAAGUAGCCAGCCAGCCACCUUCCAUUCAUCACCAGCUAGCUAGUAGCAACAAUGGCUGCCGUCGUCAACGCGCCAGCAGCAACUGCUCGUUGCUCGGCGGCCGGGCCACAACUGCUGCCAGUGCCACCACGGGGCGCAUUUCUUCUGCCGCCGUCGAUGAUGAGGAAGAGGACGACGACGGGGGCGCCCGCCGGCGGCCGGCUUGUCGCGGUCUCGGCGGUGGGCGACGUCGCGGCGGAGGGCAACACGUACCUCAUCGCCGGCGCGGUGGCCGUCGCGCUCGUGGGCACGGCCUUCCCCAUACUCUUCUCGCGCAAGGACACGUGCCCGGAGUGCGACGGCGCCGGGUUCAUCCGCAAGGCGGGCGUGAGGCUGCGGGCGAACGCGGCGAGGAAGGACCAGGCCCAGAUCGUAUGCCCCAACUGCAACGGACUCGGCAAGCUCGGACAGAUCGACAAGUAGCUAAUCCCAUCCACACCCAGCAUCACCCAUGCAUGCAUGCAUGCUAAUUAAGCUCACUUCUUCCACAUUAUUGGACAUGUGCAUGUGCAUGCAUGCAUGGACAAAUAAACUACUGCUCUUCUGUGCAUGCUCAUUUGAUUUGAGUGAGCAUGUGGACAAUCAAAUCAAAAAGUAUGUGUACAUGCUGUAAAUUAAAUCUGCUUUCUGACGGGUUCUGAAUGUAUAUGCUGAAUGAGUGUCAAUUUGGUCUGUAAUGUGUAACGUGUUGCUUUGUCAGAAACACUUUUGUGUAAUGACAUUGUUCUCGGUGUGUUGUAUGUUAUAGUAAUGUUUAUAAAAAAACAUUACUUUCUCUAUAAAAAGUGGUCGUGAAUAAGAACUCUUUGUACUCCAAAA